AUGCGCGCGCUGCGCUCGCUGCUGCGCGCGGGCCGGGGGUGGCGCGCGGGGCCCGCGGCCGCCUGCCCGCCGCGGGGAGCGAGCUCGGGCGGCGGGGCGCGCCGCGCCAUGGCCGGGUUCGGCACGGAGGAGCGCGGCCGGCCCCACACGCUGGACUACCGCCUCUUCUUCAAGAAUGUGGCAGGUCACUACAUUUCCCCAUUUCAUGAUAUUCCUCUGAAGGUGGAUAUUAAAGAGGAAAAUGGCAUUCCCACGAAGAAAGCACGGAAUGAUGAAUAUGAGAAUUUGUUUAAUAUGGUCGUGGAAGUGCCUCGGUGGACAAAUGCUAAAAUGGAGAUUGCCACCAAGGAACCAUUGAAUCCCAUUAAACAAGACGCGAAGCAUGGCAAGCUGCGCUUUGUGGCAAACAUCUUCCCUCACAAGGGUUAUAUAUGGAACUAUGGGGCCCUCCCUCAGACUUGGGAAGAUCCCAAUCAGAAAGAUAAGAACACAGACUGCUGUGGAGAUAAUGACCCUAUUGAUGUUUGUGAAAUAGGCUCCAAGGUUCUUUCUCGAGGAGAAGUGGUUCAGGUGAAGAUCCUUGGGAUAUUGGCUCUUAUUGAUGAGGGAGAAACAGAUUGGAAAUUAAUUGCUAUCAAUGUAAAUGAUCCUGAAGCUGAAAAGUUUCAUGAUAUUGAUGAUGUAGAGACGUUCAAACCAGGUUAUUUAGAAGCUACUCUGAAUUGGCUCAGAUUUUAUAAAGUACCAGAAGGAAAAGCAGAAAACAAGUUUGCUUUUAAUGGAGAAUUCAAAAACAAGGCUUUUGCUCUUGAAGUUAUUAAAUCUGCUCAUGAAUGUUGGAAAGCAUUACUUAUGAAGAAGUGCGAUGGAGGAGCUAUAAAAUGCACAAAUGUGCAGGUGUGUGAUAGCCCUUUCCAUUGCACCCAAGAGGAAGCAAGAUCAUUAGUUGAGUCGGUAACAACAUCUUCAGUGAAUAAAGACAAUAAUGUUGAAGCAGAGCAAGUUUGGCACUUCCUUGGCAAAUGAAUGGAGGUUUUGAAGUUUUGCCAUCAAGAUUUCAGCCUGUAAGGAACUCUCUUAAAUGCAAGAGAUAAGCAGGUCUAUAAGCAUUUGCUAACUUUAUGUUGAAAUUUCAUUGACAUUUUUGAAAUAUGCAAUAUGUAAAUAAAUAAUUUUUUGAUUUGUCUCCUCUGGAUAUUUAUUGAUAUAUAAAAAGAAAAGAUUUGGCUUAAUUUCAUAGCAGGAAUCUGGGGACAUUGUUUUGAAGAAAUAAUGAUUUUAGUAGCUUGUGUGUCUAUAGAUUAAAUGUAAAAAUCACCAACUCAAUUCAUCAAUAAAAUGUUUACAGAUGCUGCUGUU